ACAAAAUGCUGAGCUUCCUACGUAGAACUCUGGGGCGCCGCUCCAUGCGUAAACAUGCUGAGAAAGAACGACUCAGAGAGGCACAACGAGCUGCCACACACAUUCCUGCAUCUGGAGAUUCCAAGUCCAUCAUCACAUGUCGGGUAUCCCUUCUGGAUGGUACUGAUGUUAGUGUGGACUUGCCGAAAAAAGCCAAAGGACAAGAACUGUUUGAUCAGAUUAUGUACCAUCUGGACCUUAUUGAAAGUGACUAUUUUGGUCUGAGAUUUAUGGAUUCGGCGCAAGUAGCACAUUGGUUGGAUGGUACAAAAAGCAUCAAGAAACAAGUAAAAAUUGGUUCACCUUAUUGCCUGCAUCUUCGAGUUAAGUUUUAUUCCUCGGAGCCAAACAAUCUUCGUGAAGAGCUGACCCGGUACUUGUUUGUUCUUCAGUUAAAACAAGAUAUUCUCAGCGGAAAAUUAGAAUGUCCUUUUGAUACAGCAGUGCAGUUGGCAGCUUAUAAUCUACAAGCUGAACUUGGUGACUACGAUCUUGCUGAACAUAGUGCUGAACUUGUCUCUGAGUUCAGGUUUGUGCCCAUUCAGACUGAGGACAUGGAACUGGCUAUUUUUGAGAAAUGGAAGGAAUGCAGAGGUCAGACACCAGCACAAGCUGAAACCAAUUAUCUGAAUAAAGCCAAAUGGCUAGAAAUGUAUGGGGUUGAUAUGCAUGUGGUUAAGGCUAGAGAUGGGAAUGACUAUAGUUUGGGACUAACCCCAACAGGAGUCCUUGUUUUUGAAGGCGAGACCAAAAUUGGUUUAUUUUUUUGGCCCAAGAUAACCAGAUUGGAUUUUAAGAAGAAUAAAUUAACUCUGGUGGUGGUAGAAGAUGAUGAUCAGGGCAAAGAGCAGGAGCAUACAUUUGUGUUUAGACUGGAUCAUCCAAAAGCAUGCAAGCAUUUGUGGAAAUGUGCUGUGGAGCAUCAUGCCUUUUUCCGCCUCCGAGGCCCUGUCCAAAAGAAUUCUCAUCGCUCAGGAUUUAUUCGACUAGGAUCACGAUUUAGAUACAGUGGGAAAACUGAGUAUCAGACUACAAAAACUAAUAAAGCAAGAAGAUCAGCAUCCUUUGAGAGAAGACCCAGCAAACGAUAUUCUCGACGAACUCUACAAAUACAAGCAAGUACACCAAAAUCUGAAGAAUUCAGUGUUCACAACAAUGUUUCAACUCAGAAUAAUGAGUCACAACAGGCUUGGGGUGUGAAGUCUGCUGUGCCUAUGAUUCCUGCCGCAUCCUCUGGUUCUGUGCUGGUGGAAAUAGAGAAUCUUCCACGGAGUUCUGGAGCAGAUCAGCAUGACAGGAAAUGCUUGCCUCUAAACACUGAUUUACUGCAUAAGCCAGAGUUACGGGAAACAACCGUCAGUGAUGUAACUGAAGCAUCAGUCACCACAGCAGUAUCCCCAGCGCUGGAUGACAUUAACACAGCCACCGCAGCACCUGGGUUAGGGGAUGCUGACGUGGAAUGUGGAACAUUGAAAGAUGCAUCCAAGAAGCUCAAACAACUUGAGAUAGAGAGCAGUCCUUUGCCGUCCCCCCGAUCCCACAUCGAUGUUAACAUCAACAGCCAGGCAGAAGUGGUGAAGUUGACUGAGAAAUGUCUUAAUAAUGCCAUUGAAAGCCCAGGAGUGAAUGCCAUGAGAGUUCCUCCUGAUUUCAAGAGUAACAUUUUGAAGGCUCAAGUAGAAGCAGUACAUAAGGUUACAAGAGAAGAAAGCUUAUUGAGUCAUGGAAGCACCACUGUCCAAGAUGCUCCUAUAGACAGUGCUGUAUUAAGUGAGAAUAAUGUGCCUGUCUCCAAAGAUUCUCUUUCUGUGAUACAUACAACACGUGUGGACAAGGAUUCUGUUCUUAAGGAUGCUACAGAUGAAUUGGAUGCCUUGCUCUUAUCUCUAACUGAGAAUCUAAUUGAUAACACAGUCACACCCCAGGUUUCUUCAGCAUCCAUAAUCACACCCCGGUGGAUUAUCCCACAGCAGAGUAGCGCCAUUUCUAAUGGACUUGCCGGAUGUGGAAUGUCCUUGACAGAGAAAGAGGGACAUGGUAAUAAAGGUGGAAUCUCACUGAUCUCUCCCCCAGCACCAUUCUUGGUAGAUGCUGUGACCAGUUCUGCACCAACUUUGACUGAAGACACUUCAGUCUUGAAGCACAAGUGUUUACUGACCACUGAGCUCUAAGAGACUGCCCCUCUCAACUGGUAACUGGAAUGCCCAGCACUCUCUAGCUGUCCGUCCUGGAAUCUGUUCCAACUGGAAUGUGUUGAAUUCUGGAGUUUGUCCUUUACUUAUAGGUAAAAAUACUCUACCUGCAUUUAACUUCAGCUCCGUUUUAAAAAGCUACAUUUUCCGUCCAACUGGAAGGAUUUAAUCACACUACAUACUUUCCCAAAGGAGAGUAUCUGGUCUUUUACUUUAUGUAAUUUCAUUAGAGUUGGUAAUUCCUGAAUCAAGAGAAUUACUUUCCCUGCAGUUUCCUUCAAACUCUUGGCUCCACCUAGCGGUUAUAACUGUUCAUAAUGACUCUGGCAGUUAUCAGCCUUUUUUAUUUUUUUCCUGGUACUAGGGAUCGAACUUGGGACCUUGCACUUGCGUGGCAG